AUGGAUUUCAAGUCAAAGCUUAAGCUAACAGGAACAGCCCGCAUGGGAUUGUGUGAACGUUUUGCAAGCUUAAUUUCAGAAAUUCCAGAUGAGUUAUUUAACGAACUAGUUGAUGCAGGGAAGCUUGAUGAUCUCUUCGACGAUUUCUCGGAAUGUGAUGAUGAAGAUUCAAUGAAUGGGGACUAUGGCGAUAGUGACUUGAGCUUUUCGGGAGAAGAAAUUGGAAAAGAAGAUGAUAUGAAGAAAUCAGACAACUACUAG